AUGUACACCUUUACGACGACGACGACGACGACCAACUCGUGUGAGGGAGCCAUUGGAGAUCCUUGCCAGGAACAUGAGGACUGCCGUGCAAACGAACACCUUUUCUGCAAUCCUUCCCUUCUCAAGUGUGACUGUGCCGACGGAUACAUUUUUGACACAGACAUCCUCAUGUGCGCACCACAUGGAUUAGAGGAGAAAAUGCCUGGUGGAAUGGGGAUUGACUGCAAGAAAGACGAGGAAUGCAACGUAGAUGAAAAUCUGAAGUGUGAUGAUAAAAUCCAGAAAUGCAAUUGCAUGGACGAGUUUUUCCUCCAUCCUGAAAUGCUGGUAUGUGUUCGAUGA